CCAAUUAACAUCAGCUGUUUGAUCUUCAGGUUAUGGUGUAGAACCUGCCUAGCAAAGGAGUAAAUAAACGGAAAAUGCAAAAAGUCAAGAAAGCCGGUCGCUGGAGUGCAUACUUCACCAGCGAAAAAGGACGAAAAUUCACUCUACGAUUAGCUGCAGGCGCAACGAUUGGCCUGUUUGCCGCGAACUUCAUUCCCCAAACUUUGCUUCUGGAGAAGUACCGGGAAACCGUGCAAUGCUAUCGGAUGGGUGUAGAAAGAGAAAUCCCUGAUAAAGUGAAAAAACGAGUAGAAAUGGCAAUGGAGAAGCUACAGCUGAGCAAAUUUGAAAAGUCGCUCAUCAAACCGUUCGUAGUCUACGGAUUCGAUAACUUCCAUGCAGGUUCAACAAAAUACAACUCAGGAGCAAUCAUUGGGGUUCCAGCAAAUUACUCUUAUGGAUUGCCCAGCGAUAUCAAUCCACAGGACGUCCGUUUUCGCAAUCAACUCAUCAAUUGGAAUUCAGAAAGUGGGAAACUUCUGCAAGAAGCACUAGUUCUCAAAGAAGACGAGCAAAUAUUUGGAAUAUGCAAGUCGAUACUCCAAGCGCAAACGCAUAAAAUUCUCCUAGAUUCCAUCUACCCCGCAGCAACAUUUCUGAUAUGCUACUCUUCAGCCAACGGCAUUAAUCAAAAAUUCAAUUUUUAUGCCCGGCCUAUGAGUUUGAGACUCACACUUUACGCUAUAAUUGGUCUAUUUGGACUCGGAGUUUGGUCAUUUUCCAAGGACUUCACGCAAGUAUAUCUUGAUGGAGAAACAGAUAAGGAAUUAUGCAAACUAGGUCCAGAGUUUAUCGAAGCUGGUGUGCGCUAUUAUGACAAAAUCCUUAAAAAAAAUAUGGCGUUACGCACCCUCCUUGAAGACGACACAUACACUGCUAAAGGAAAUGAAAACUAUCUUGUACGACAGAAAUCAAUGCCGCUCACGGUUAGAAAGUCAUAUUUUGAAUUAAGACUAGAAGAAUUAAGGAAACAACUUGACGAAAAGCAAGAUCAGGCAGCGGCUUCUUAGGCAAGUCUAUAGUGUACAUUCUGUUUAGUAAAUAAAUUUGUUCAACUAGA